CACUACUAUGGUGUAAAUCGAGCUGUAUUUACUAACUUGGAGGAAAUAUUCUUUGUAUGUACUUGAUUCCUUGUUGCUGUUAGCACGUAGAACCGAUUCUGAAGUGAUUCGGAAUGUGGGAGACGCGAAGCUAAGCUUGGCAGCUGCAUCACUAAAGGAUUGUUAACUGCAAUUAAACCGGCUUCUUUAAACUCUUGGCCGUACUUUGUAUUUGAAGUGUUUAAAAUGGCAGGUUGUGGGGUGGAAUAAUAAUAAUUAGGGAUGCUGUGCUUGAAACUCGGAGCCAUUUUGUCUGAAAAGAUGAGCUAUGCUAAUCCAGGAGGCUAGCAUCCAUAGCAAGCGCCGCUAUGGAUCUGUCAUCUCCACCGCAGCAGGAAACAGGAAACUGCACGAAUGAAACAGGAAGCGUGCCAACUGUGACGGAGGAAGUUCGCCUGCGGCGCUUCCUGUGCUACGGCUCAGAAAGCGCCACCUACAGAGCACGCGAGCAGAAGAACCUGUGCCUCGAGCGGGCUUCAUCCCUAACCGAGCUGCUCGAGGCUGGCCGAGGCAGCGAGGCUGUGCAGGAGGUGCAGCGCAUAAGUCUGAGGGGCGGAGUCAGAAGCACAGGCAGCGCCCUGUUCGCCCUGGCUGUGAUCUCGCAGCACUCGGACGUGGAGGCCAAGCGCGCAGCGUACGGUGUGCUCAAAGAAGUGUGCGCUUCUCCGAGCGAGCUUUUCAGCUUUGUUCAGUAUAAGAAGGAGCUGAGCAGUGCCGGGCAGCGUGGCAUAUGGGGUCGAGCUCUGAGGAAAGCCGUAGCAGACUGGUACAACGGCCACGACGCGCUCAGACUGGCACGUGACAUCACCAAGUGUAAAAGGAAAGGAGGCUGGUGCCAUCAGGACCUGUUCCGACUGGCACACAUGAAGCCGGCAAACGAUGGCGUGGCUCUGGUGAGUAAAUACGUGACUAAAGGCUGGAAGGCAGUGCAGGAGACGUACGCGGACAGAGAAAAGACGGAGGAUGUGAUGAAGGUGUUUGUGUACCUGGAGGCUGUGGAGAAGACCAAGCACUCGAGCGAGGAGCUGGAGGUGGCGCAUCUGAUCGAGGAGCACAAACUGGAGAGAGAACAUGUCCUCUCUAAACACCUGAAGUCCCGAGAGGUGUGGAAAGCUCUGCUGAAGGAGAUGUCCAUCUCCACACUGCUCACACAUCUGGGAAAAAUGACGGCGGAUAAACUCCUGGGCUUGGGGAGUGCGGAGACGGCGGCCGUGUGUGAGAGGAUCCAGGAUGAACACGCUCUACUGAAGGCUAAAACUCAUCCGCUUAGUGUCCUGCUGGCGGCUGAGAACUACAAGCGAGGUCACGGCAAACGAGGGAAAUUAAAAUGGAAGCCGAACAGAGACGUCAUUCAGGCACUAGACUCCGCCUUCUGCAAAUGUUUCUCAAACAUCGAGUCUACGGGGAAACGAUUCGUAGUUGGAGUGGACGUGAGCUCUCGCCUCGGCAGCGUCGCUCUUGGCAGCCUCGUCAGCACGGUGACCGUAGCCGCGGCUAUGAGCAUGGUGAUAACACGGAGUGAACAGAAUGUUGAUGUCGUGCUGUUUUCAGAAGGAGCCGUUGUUCCCUGCGCCAUCUCUGCCGAUUCGUCUCUCCUUCAAAUAACCAUGCAGUUAGUGCAGGUGUGCAGUAGUUGUACGGACUGCGCUCUUCCUAUAAACUGGGCUUCGGACAACGACAAAAUGGUGGACGUGUUCGUUAUUUUCACCAAUAAUGCAACUUGGCCCGGGAGGUCAAAUCCAGCUGAAACACUCAGGAUGUACCGACAGAAAACCGGCAUCUUUUCGAAGCUGGUUGUAUGCGGCAUGACUACGAACAGCCUUAACCUGGUCGAUCCGGACGAUGGCGGCGUACUGGAGGUCUGCGGGUUCGACUCGCACACCGCCGACGUCAUCCGCGACUUCAUCACGGACGUCAUAUGAGGGAGGUGCACCAUGGGAAAUGCACCACAGCGAGCAAAACUACACCGGAAAAAAAACAAAGCAAGAAAUGAAAUGUGCACAUGGUUCUGUCCCCCCAUAACGUCCAGCUGGCUGGAUAAAGAUUGUUCGCGUAACUUCAUUCGUUACGGCGCUUUAAAACUAGAACUCUGCGUUCGAUUUUAUAAAAAUAUCUAUUUUUGGUAUUGGGGAAUUACUGCAUGUAGUCAUGUGACGAUAGGAUGUAGCGUUUUUUGGCAGAAUGCUAAGCUGUUUAAAAAAAUCUACUUUUUAGCUAAGCUAGGAAGCUAACGACGGAUUGUGCGUAAACAAGUUGUUACGAUGAUGAUGUAUCCUGAACGAGACGCUGUCGAGGUUCAUUUGAAGUAAAAAUAUUGAAAGAUGCAGCUGGAUAUUAAAAUAUAAUAAUAAUUAAUGAUGAUCUAGUUUACCCAAUUGUUGAUUAACGUAAACAUUUACCUGCUAGGACGAGAGAGAGAGAGAAAUUCCGUCUUGAAUCGCAACAGUCGUGAGCAGUAAACGUUUAAACUGAAUGUCCUGAAAUGUCAAUAAUAAUAAUAAUAAUAAUAAUAAUAAUCAUUUUCUUUUGACGAUUAGUUUUUACAGUUAGUUAUUAGGUGGUUGUUUUUUUUUUUUAAAUGUAUCAUUACUGAAUUUAUUUAAGACAUAGUUUACAAUAUCAGUGCACUUUUUAACCUGUUGCGUGUGAUCUAUUGGAAUGGGCGGAGCUUAAAUCGGGCUCAACCAGGCAGACUUGAACUUGCGCGCCUGUGAUGUCACUAGCUUUUAUUUUUUCUUUUUCUUUUCAUCAGAUGGAAGUAGUGCUUUACUGUAAUAUGCUGUUUUAUUGAUGGGACACGAUGUACUAUAAGUCCCAUAAUCAUAAACCGAUAGCUUUGCGUUUCAAUACCAUUAGCUAACAUAAUGUCGGCUUUCUUAAUAUAAAGAUGUCAUGCAGCUAACUAGCUAUUUCAUCUUUUCCGUGCGUCUGACUUGGUAAAUACGAGUCCAGAGUUAUGCUAGGCACGAUCGUGUUUGUGAUCGGCUAGUCGGGUUUAACUUUAGCGCCGCCCGUUUUGACUAUGGGAACGUUUACGCGUAUUUAUGUUGAUUACGUUACUGUUUAGGGUUUUAUUUAGACCGAAGUUUGACUAAUAAUGAGUGAGGUCUAAUACCUUAUGUAGCCGCUAAAUACUGUUAUGCUGGCAACCGUGUGCUGAUCAUUGGCUGGAAGUUUCCUUUAUUUCUCCCAGUUCCAAUAUUGCUUAUAACCCGCUCACGGAACCUCAUCGACCCACUAGUUACCUAAAUAACUAGCGAAAGUGCUUGCCAAGUAGUUAGUGUAAAAAAGAAUGAACACCAAUAUUUUAGAAAUGCUCGAGUUUACACUUCUAUUGUUUAACAUGAACUGAACUGUGAUGUUUAUGAUCGUUUGAGAGAAUUUAAACAUUAGUUUAAUCAAAAAUGAAACAAACACACUGUGAUUGCUGGAACUGUAGAGAAUUCUGCGCUGGCACUGAGUCACUGUAGUUGACACCACAAUGCCUAGAACAUGCCUGCAACUUAAUAAACCUUUUUUUUGUUUGUUUUUUUAAAAUC